AUGAACGAUUCCGAAGAGCUCACUGAGGCGGACGAUAUCGAUCCUUCCUUGAUCGAAGAAGUCGAACCCGCUUCCCACUAUCCACCUCUAAGACAUAAUUUUCAUUGGAUUACGCGGGCCUACAGAUUCCAUCAAUUCUCAAGCCAAGUUUGUGUAAUCAAUCAGGCGAAUUUCGUAGUCAAGCGCGCGCCAGUCGAGCGAUAUUGGUUUUGGUUCGUGGAGAGAAGAUUGAACGAAUUGGCCCCAGGCGCCAAAAUCUGCCGAGGAGAAGCAGGCUCUUUUGCGCUUGGCUUUCGAACAAAGUGCAAAUUGCCUGUGCUUGAAAGUUUCGGGGCUAAGCGAGCUAUGGAGGCGGGAGACCCUGGUGUUGCCGAAAGCGGGUUUGAGGCUAUCGAUGCCGAUUUUACUCUCUCCCAAUGCGUAGAACGGUUCGCCUUUACUCAAGAUGAUUUUCGUCAUAUAGAUGGCUCGGCCUUAGCUAUCGUCCCAAACCAGCCAGCUACAGACACGGUGUCCCUAGAGCAACAGGCUGCUAAUGAGGCCGAGCAAGCUCGCUUGUUUGGCGAAAGUCGGGAGCGAACUGGUCUUGGUGAUGUUAGCGGUGGUGAAUCUGGUGAAGAUGUUGAUGCGAAUGGAGAAGUCGUUAUGGGAUAG